AUGUACUAUAAUCCCAAGAGAUAUGUUCCAAUUUUGGAACUUGAGAAUCGCCAACUACACAAACAGCUGGCGGAAGCUACAAAACGCAAUGAAGAGCUAGCCAGACUAGCAGCUCAAGCACAGGUGCCUCCCCGAGACACUCAAGCCCCACCUCCUCGAGACAUUCAAGUCCCACCUCGCAGGCCUAGGGGGAGUCCACAUAAGAAUGCGGCCACCAGGAGGGCGGAACAAGUUCCACCACCGACAGCCCAUCCUGCUCCACCAAGACCCCAGAAGAGUAACCGGGCUGAGGGUGCUGCCAACUUGACUGCAGAAGCACAAACGGGAAUAGGGAAUAACCGAGCCCCCUCAGUGACUUGGAUCCCAAAUCCUGGUGCCACGCAAAACGUUUCGGAACCUGAUUGGGCAAAUUCGGGACCAUCUAGGCCCCAUAAUGGGAGGCAGCCACCUUCUCCAAUAAGGCACCCACCAUGGUCGAUAAGGCAUCCCUCGCCAAUCCAAAGGGUUCCACGACCUUCCCACCAAGACAGGGAUAGGUGA